AUGGACGACUCCGGCCGCCGCCUUCCGGCCAGAAGGCGAAGACUAGCUCAGCAAUCAGAAGGGGAAGACUACCUGAGCGGUCUCCCCGAUUCCCUACUCCACCACAUCCUUUCCUUCCUCCCCACCCGCGACUCCGUCCGCUCCUCCCUCCUCGCCCGCCGAUGGCGUCGUCUCUGGGAAUCUGUCCCCGCCAUUGUCUUCUCCUCCGUCGACAAGUCAAGUGCCAACUCCGUCGACCGCUUCCUCGCAUCCCGCAGCUGCUCUUGCUCUAUUUCUCAUCUUCGCCUCUUCAAAAUAAAACUCGAAGACGGAGGAGCCCUCGUCCGCGACUUGCUCAUCUACGCCAAAUCUCACGGCGCCCAAGAUGUGACUCUCCGCCAGUUCUUCUUUCCAUCAGAUCACCUUCCCCUAUUCGACAUUCUGUUCGAUUGGCCAUCGCUCGUGGCGCUGAAUCUGCAACUGAUCUACACUGAUAUUUGGGAAUUUACUCUUCCAAACCGCAUCAUCUUCAGCAAUCUCAAGACGCUUUCCCUAAUGCUUGGAAUUGCAGAAAUUUCGGCCACGAGCCUGGCAAGGCUGCUCUCUUGUUGUCCUGUUUUGGAAGAACUAACAUUAAAGUCAUUCUAUCCGUGGAAUUGUUCCAUUGAAAUCGCGGCACCAAAUCUUCGCAGGUUGACUCUUCAUCGCGGCACCGAUCUUCGAAUUAUUUGUCCAAAACUUGGAUUUUUAGCGAUAACAACCCGCAAUCGUUUGAAACGCUUGCAUCUCGAAGCGCCCUCUUUGACCUCCAUUCAAAUGCACUGUUUUUUUGGUUGGAUAAAGCUUUCCCGGAGGUUCUGCGAUGUGAAUGAGGAAGCAGCUGCAAGUGUAGGAGAUAUACAUCUUGAAGAAUUUCCUCUUGCACACCUGGUAUGUUAUGAACUUUUUCUUGUUUAG